UCCUUCUCUUCCAUUUAAUGGGCUGCGUCCGAAACCAGGAAAAUGCUACAUUCGGAGGCUGUAUACGGAGGCAGGAUGUAAAUAAGAGAUCAAUGAGUACAAGCUCUUCCUCUCCACCACUGCACGUGCACGUGAACGAGAGCACACCUGUGCACGUGCGCUUGAAGAAGAGCAGUUCUACCAAGACAGCCCAGUCUUCUACACAGGAAUCUCAGUUGGCAGAUGCUGUGUCAGCUGCAGAGAACUGGAGCAGUGACCAUGCAAAAGAGAUGAAGGACAAGGGACAGCUAGAGAUGGAGAUCACAUUGCUGAACAGUCAUAUUACAGACCUGACAGAACAGUUGCAUGGGCAGGAGGAAAAGGCCAGAUCUGAAAGAGAUGGACUUUUAGAUCGGCUGAAUGAGCUCACUACAGAGAACACAACUGUUCGCCUAGAGAACCAGAGCAUUAAGUUGUGACGAUCUGCCACUUUAUCUGCCUUGGAGGAGAAGUUGACGUUGUCCCAGUAUGAGGUUCAGCAGGUCAAAGUCUCUGUAAAGCACUAUGAGAGUUUAGUGGACCGCUAUAAAGCCCAGGUGCAAAACACCCGUGCUGAAGCAGAUGAGUACUGUGCAUGUCUGCAGGUGGCCGAACGUGAAGCUCAGACAGUUAGAGAGGAGCUGGACCAAGAGAUCCAGCAGGUCAGCAAGCAGCUCCUUGGUCGUGCGGCAGAGCAUGAGCUGCUACCUGAAGCUCUGAGACUUGCUGAACUGCAGUUGCAGGAAGCUCAUGAGGAGUAUGCUCAAGAAAGGAGACACCACAAGCUCACCACGGCGCUUGCAGAGCUGCGCAUUAAGGUGGAGCAGCAGGGCAGUCAGGUAGAGAUGGUGCGUCACAAGAACAUGGUGGUACUGGAUUGAAACAAGCAGCUUCAGCACAAAGCAGAGGCUCUUGAACGAAAGUUGGAGGAGGCUAACUCCCAAAAUCGAGACCUCAUGCAGGUGAUUGCAAAACGUGAAGAGACUAUUCAUAGCAACCAGGUGCGUCUGGAAGAAAAGUCUCGGGAAUGCAGUAUUCUCACCCGGCAGCUGGAAGAGGCGCUGGACGAUGCUCGGCGGCAGGUUGCUCAGACCAGGGAGCGAGCAGCUUCUAAAGAAUGUGCUACGCAGUCAAAAGUUGUUGACCUAGAGACUCAGCUGAGCAGGACAACGACUGAGCUAAACCAGUUACGACGUGGCAAAGAGGAGGCGGAACGGAGGUACCAGAGCCGUUUACAAGACGUCAAAGACAGAUUUGAGCAGUCUGACAGCACAAACCGUAGUCUCCAGAACUAUGUCCAGUUCCUCAAAUCUUCCUACGCCAAUGUGUUUGGAGAUGCUCUCACUGGGUCCUCAUUUCGCACACCUUCACCAAUCUGA